GAGUAACGUAUACAAACAGUGCAGCGCGUGUGGGAAGUAUAUAUUUUGCUUGAUCAGUGUGGUUUCCAGUCAAGGAACGUGGAUUACAUUAUAUAUAAUUCCAUUUUUUUGGCAGUCGGAUUAAUUAUAGAAAGAGAAAGGACGGUCUGAUGGUUUAUAUACAUAUCAAAGCAAACUUCGCAUAUAUUUAUAUAUGAUAUGUAAGCUGUCAAAGGUUGUUUGUUUUUUAAUCGUUAGAAUUACAUUCACGACGGCUGAAUCAUAAUUUUGUGUUCAUCAAUAGUUCUGUGACAGUUUUGAAGAUGAGGUGUGGACUGUCAUGUUUGAAUACCGGAGACAUUGUUCCCUUAAAGGAAGUUCAAAAUGUUGCAUUGAUUGGCGCUUCUCUUGUACAUGUGGAUUCCAAUCUACAAUAUGUAAAUGAGACCAACAAACCUAUCGAAGCAAACUUCACGUUUCCCCUGGAUACUUGCAGCGCCGUGUACCGGUUUGAGGCACAAAUCGAUGGCCGACUGAUAAUUGCAGAAUGCCAAGAGAAAGCACAGGCCCGCGAUACCUAUGACAAGGCUAUUCAGAGUGGUCACACGGCGGUACUCCUAGAGGAACAUCAGGAUACGAACGAUGUGUUUGUGUGUCGUAUCGGUAACCUUCCAGCCCUACAAAAAGCCCUGGUGAAGAUAUGUUAUGUAUCUGAACUACCUCAUGACCCAAGUGGAGCACUUAGGUUUACACUUCCUACUGUCCUGAAUCCACGAUAUGGGGUGGAACACAACACAGACCCGGUCGAUAACCGUACAGAUGUCAUCUGCAUCAACCCCGGAAGUUACGCAAUGAGUCUAGAUAUCACCGUCCAGAGCCAGCAAGUUAUUUCGAGCAUCGUUUCGGAGAAAGAUCAAUUCAAGCUUUCCUCUGCCAAUAACGAGCACGUGUGGAAAGCUAGCGUUCAGUUUAGCCCAGGAACCAAGGUUGAUCAUGAUAUUACCAUAAUGAUCAAGUACGCGGAUAUGCAUCAGCCACAAGCGAUAGUGGAAUGUGGGGUCAAAGGUCAAAAUGGAAUUCUCAACAUGGAUACCUUGAUGCUCAGCUUUUACCCAAAGAUUGAUCCUAAGUUUUCAACAACGGUUGGAGAAUUCAUUUUUAUAAUCGACCGGUCGGGUAGUAUGGCUGGUAGCAGGAUCGCAAGUGCACGAGAAACACUUCUUUUGAUGAUAAAAAGUCUGCCAGUUGGAUGUUUGUUCAACGUGUACAGCUUUGGAGACAACUUUCACAUAUUAUUUGAAAGGGAUUCCGCAUGUAGUGUUGAGUAUAACGAGGAAAACAUGAUGUACGCCAUGGACUUUGUACAGAAGAUUGAGGCUAACAUGGGCGGAACGGAAAUCGCGGGACCAAUAAAGGAUAUGUAUUCGAAGCCCUGCCUUCCUGGACAUCCCCGUCAGGUAAUUUUAUUGACGGAUGGAGACGUGUGGAAUGUCGGUGAAGUUGUGAGCCUCGUUCAGAGAAACAACAACACCACAAGGAUGUUUUCUGUGGGGAUCGGCGAAGGCGCGUCCACGGCAUUGGUGAAAGGGCUGGCCAGAGCAGGAAAAGGCCGGGCUGAGUUUGUGAAGGGAAAUGACAGAUUGCAGACAAAGGUAGUUUCACUUCUAAAGAGUGCAAUGCAGUCUGUAGUUACCAACGUACAGGUUGACUUGGAACUUCCACCGGAGGUGUCGGGAACGAUAAUCCCGCAUGUAUGUCCGUCGAUAUUCAGUGGGGAGGAGCUGAUAAUGUAUGCUGUGCUGAACGGAUCAGAAUCGAUGGAUACCAUAUACGGGAAUAUCAUUUUGCGAGGUACUUUUCAAAACCAAACAUUUGAGCACAAACUAGCGUUCGAGGGACACCGUCAAGACCAACAGCUGGACACAUCCCUGCCUGUUCACAGACUCGCAGCUAAAGCACUCAUACGGGAACUGCAGGACGAGGAAUCGGCAGAUAACAAAACUGACAACAAAAAUAAAAUUUUACUCGCAAGUAUGGCUUCAAAUGUCAUCUCCAAGUACACAUCCUUUGUCGGAGUCGACAAAAACAGCAAAGUGCAACUUCCGGAACAGAGUUUUCUCCAAAUAAAAGAAGUAUGCUAUGGGAUGUUUGGUGCAAGUGGCGGUGGGAUGCCUCCUCCGUCACAUGGAGUUUUCGGAGCCAAGCCGGUUUUCCAGUUUGGAGCUAGUAGGGGCAUGGGUGCACAAACUGGGGGUAUGUUCGGCGCAAAACCUUGCGGUUUGCAAUCUGGUAGCUUUGGAAGUAGUAGCGGAUUUUCAGGACAGUCAAUGCAAGCACCGAAUCUGUUUAACCCAACAUUUGGAGCACAACAGCAGCAGCAAGGUCAAACACCUAGCUCACAGUCUAAUAUGUUUGGAAGGUUACGUACCCCCACAGACAAAUAUGUUCGGAGGUAGAGCACCACUACAGCCAAAUUUGUUUGGAAGCCAACCCGGAGUACCCCAACAGCAACAAGCGUUCGGAAUGUUCGGAGCAAAACCUCUCCAGCCUUCUCAGACGCUUCCAGAGAGAACUAAGCUCAUCCUUUUGCAGACAUUUGAGGGUUCAUGGGCACUUAAUGAAGAUCUCGCUAGUGUCCUAGGAACUGCAUGUGGAAAUCUUCAGCAGAUUUCACCGAUUCAGAACCAAACUGUAUGGGCUACCUGUCUAGCACUGGCCUGGCUUCACCUAAAGGAAUCGCUCAACAAAGACGAAUGGGUGAUGAUAGAAAGUAAAGCUAUUUUGUGGUUAAAACAACAAGGACUAACUAACGAGGAAGUGGACAAUUUGUUUUCAAACGCGCAAAAUGUUAUGAUAAGCCUGUAAGAGAGAUCACGAGACUGAAUGUUGACUUCAUUUAUAAAUAUCCCUCAAAUGAUAUUUGUUCAUUUUAUUCACUAGUGUUAUUAUGUUUGCAAGUACUGUGGCAAAAGGUAGCACUCCAUUCGGCUGUAUUUUCUGAUAAUGGAUGGCCACUGUUAUCCCAUUAACGUGUUCGAAGGAGAUGAAGAAGUUAUUAUUAAUGAAGAAAAGUUUGAUUUUAUUUAUACUAAAAAUAGUACCGCUUUACUUUCCUACUACAAAUAUGUAUUUGAUAUGUUAUAACCAUUAAUAUCAAGAAAACGAUUAACACUCUGUAAAAUUUGCCAAUAUUUUGUUUU